UUGUACCAUGCCUGCCCACCGCUCCUAGAGCUGCAGACCACUCGCUGUGCUUCACACAUUGGGAGACACACAAUUCUGGAGAGGUGUGUGAUUAUCAGGACAUGGCAACCAACACUUCUUUUCAAAGGAUUGGAGUUGUAGGAUAUGGACAUCUAGGACAGUACCUGGUGGAGAGGAUCCUUAAAGAUGGAGCUCCCCUCGGUUUAACGCUCGCUUUUGUUUGGAACAGAAAUUCUGAGAAGCUCAAAGGUUUAAUUCCUGAUGAACUCAUACUUGGUGAUCUAUCAACAUUUGCAGACAGGAGGUGUGAUGUGAUCGUAGAGGUGUGCCAUCCUAAGAUAGUAAAAGAAUUUGGGCUUCACUUCCUGUCUCAGUCUCAUUUCAUGGUGGGGUCUCCCUCCGCCCUUUCUGAUCCUGAUCUGAACCUGAAACUCCGUCAGGCAGCUCAGUUACAUGGUAGGACACUCUACGUCCCCAGUGGUGCGUUGUGGGGGGGCCAGGACAUCCAGAGGCUGAAUGAUAGUGGGGCCCUGAAGGCUCUGUUUAUAAGAAUGUCCAAGCAUCCAUCCUGCUUCCGGCUAACAGGAGACAUCCCCCCUGACUGUAUGGAUGGAGAGGGCAGGCGUGUUUUAUUCAGAGGCUCUGUGGCAGAGCUGUGCCCUCUUGCUCCCAACAAUGUUAACACCAUGGCAGCAGCAGCAGUGGCAGCAGGAACACUUGGCUUUACCGGUGUUCAAGGAGAGAUUGUGUCAGACACAGCGUUAACUGACUAUCAUGUGGUGGAGGUGGAGGUGACUGGGCCUGGUGGCUUCUCAGUACACACAGUGAGGAGGAAUCCAGCCAAGAUCGGUGCAGUAACCGGCAGGGCAACGUAUGACUCCUUCUGGAACAGUUUACUUGUUUGCAAAGGUCAUGGAGGCAGAGUUUAUCUGUGCUGAAGAUUAACUCCAACAGAGGAAGAAGAUCCAUAGAUAAAUCAACAGGUGGACAAGUUGUGUGGAACUGGAUGAGUGUGUGUGUUACCGAGCACUCGAAACCCCACAGAUCUUUUGAUAUUUGUGUUCCAAUAAACUACAUGCAAACAAAAUACAAAA